AUGGACCGCGCGGCCGAGGGCGUUGCGAAUCAGCAGGUCGAGGCGCUCGAGCGAGGCGGCCAUGGCCGGGCUCGACGGCGUGGCGGCCUCGGCCACCAGCGACGUGUGCGUGGACGGCGGCAGCGGCGACGGCAGGUGGGUGGCCAGGAACAUGUGGUACGUCUGGACGGACGAGCGGAGGAAGAGCGUGCACAGCGGGAUGAGCGGCAGGCCCAGGCGGCGAAUCAGCGCGGGCGCGAGGAAGGCGUUGGUGUAGUAGUCCUUGCACAGGAUGUCGAGGAUGCGGCUGUAAAAGGCGGGCUUGAUGUUGUUGAACUUAUUGAUGUAGCCGUGCUUGAUCCAGUCGACGACCAUCUCGCUGCCAAUGACAAUGAGAAAGGGCGACAGCACCUCGACGGACGUCAGCCACGACGGCAGGAUCGUGAAGCUGGCCGGCAGGAUCGACGCGUUGUGCAGCGGCACCUUGGCGGCCAUGUCCUCGAGCAGGCCGCUGGCCCCCAGGUCGAGGCCGGCGCCCGGCACCGACAGGCCGCCAAUCUCGACGACGUUGCGCAGGGCAAUGAUGAACAGCACGAUCCACAGCUGGAACCGCUCGACAAUGUCGGCGCACGCCAGCUGGAACGUGUUUUCCUUUUCCGUGCGCUUGAACACGCUGCUCUUGACCUCGACAAACUGGUUCGACAUGAGCAGCGACAGCAGCGCGUUCGAGUACGAGUUGACGGCCACGUUGAGCGUAAUCACCUGGUAGAAGAGCACCGUCGUGUGCGCAAUGUUGUACACGAGCGCCAGGCAGAACAUGCCAAACGGCAGCAGGAUCUUGGACCGCCCCGACGCCGUGCGCGACAGCGUCUCCGCGCUGAACAGGCACUCAAAGAUGUCCUGCCCGAGCGCCGACAGCAGCCGGUCGCCGACCUCGACCAGGUUGUAGAUGACGUACAGCUUGACCGCCGACUGCGCCCGCACAAAGUGGUACAUGCGGCUGGCGUCCAGGUUCAUGAGCGCGAGCGAGCUGCACACAAUCACGGCGCCCUGCAGCAGGUCGGCCUUGUGGAACGACGUCAGGUUCGACGGCAUCGACUUGGUGCGCCGGUGGCCCCAGAGCCGCUGGCUCGGCCGCGUGGGCACUUCUGCACCGUGUGCCUGCUGUGCUUGUGCCUGCACAUGGCGUCGGCCCCGCGGACCGUCCGUGUCGCUCACCGAGCUGCCGUUGCUGCGGCCGCGUGGCCGUCCGCCCGUCGCCGUCGUCGUCACCGGCUUUGGCUUUGGCUGCCGCCCUCGCCGCCACAUCCGCCCCAGACCCCGCCAUACAUAUGCCGUCAUCCACCGCACCUCCUUCCACACGACAUAGCCCCACCACCGCACCAGCACGCUCGCCGCAAUGCAGAACCGCAGCGGGAGGAUCGUCAGCGUCCACAGCCACGCGUCCAGGCACGCCAGCGCGCCAAAGUACAUGGUCCGCUCCAGGUACGUCGGCAGCAGCAAGAAAUUCUUGAGCCGCUCAAACUUGACGGCGUGCGACUCGUACGGAAUGUCCGACGCGUACGAGUGGUGGAUGUAGAGCGGGCUCGGCCGCUGGCCGGCCAGCUCAAGCUGCAGCAGCGUGGGCAGCGACAUGGGCGGCAGCGGGAUCGAGGGCGGGAUGGGCGAGGGCAGGCGGUGUUCGCUGUGGCUGGGUGGCAGGUGUGUGGGCGUGUGAACGGGCGCCUCGCCGUUGGGACCCAGACCCAGCUGCGGGGCCGACCGCAACGCCGCCGUGGGGCCGCCUGCUCCGGCAGCUACUCCGGCAGCUACACCGGCCGUGCCACCGUCUGUAUUCAGAGGAGGUGGCCGCGGGGCCGUGUUCUGCGAGUGCCGGCGUGUCCCUGUAUUGCUGGCGACCGGCGCCGUGGCAUGCUGGGUGCUUUGAGUUGCCGGUUGCUGGAGAUGCUGCUGCAGUUGCUGCUGUGUGGCAGCCGACUUGCGACGGCUGGUCGGCGGUGUCGACAGUGUGCGGAGCGAGCCUGUCGAGUUCCAGUGCCGCUGCACACGCCGUGGUUCGUCAGGCUGACCAGCUGCCACAGCAGCAGCCGGCUCGGUAUUUGGGCCAUCCAGCGGCGGGCUGAACCCGCUCCGGACGGCCUUUCCUACUACGCCGCCCGUGACAAGAUCGCCGUUGUCGGGCAGGGCUGCAAUCGGCAGUGA